UUUUAAAUGGUUUUAGAUAUGUUUUAUUUCAAUAUAAUUUGAUAUAGUUUAAAGUAGAGUUUCAUGUUGCCUAACUCGAACAAUCAACUAUUGGCUCAAAGACCACAUCGUUUGCUGUCGGGGGUAGGAAAGCUUGGUUGCUUAGCCUAGUUAGAAAUAGCUAGCCGAGGUGCAUCAUCGUUCUGAAUAAUCUAUUUUUGAAGAAUUCACGAUGAAUGAGGAUUCUGCUGACCCACCCAACCCGCCUCUUUCCUGCUUCACUGAUUCCAAUCACCCAAAGUCACUGGUUUCUGACUGUAAUUAUAGUGGCCUGAACAACUGCAGUGAAAUACCCAGAUUUAAUAUCAUGGUCAAAGAGGAGCCUGAAGAUGUGGAUGAUACUGGGGAGAGUCCGGACUUCAGCAGUAGUGGUGAGGCAUUGACAGAACCUGAAUACCGGGAGAAUCAACACUCUAAGCAGCCUUGGGUUGGAAGGAGCAAGGCUCACCCAUCUAAUGGCAGUAGACCUAUGAGGACACACACACAAUCUGAAAAGGUGCCCCCGAUGUGUUCAGUGUGUGGAAAAGCAUUUGCCUACCCAUCCAAACUAAAAAGACACCUCAGAACACACACAGGAGAGAAGCCUUACCAGUGCUCUGUGUGUAGUAAGCACUUUAGUGAGAAGAAGAACCUGCAAAGACACCAGAAAGAACACACAGGAGAGAAGCCGUUUUGUUGCUCUGUGUGUGGGAAGAGAUUUACAGAAGCAGCAACCCUGAAUAGUCACCUCCGGAUACACACUGGAGAGAAACCUCACUCCUGCUCUACAUGUGGGAAGCAAUUCCGUCUAAUUGGGGACAGGAAUAGACAUCAGAAAGGGCAUACUAGACCCUUCAGUUGUUCUGUAUGUAAAAAGUGUUUUACCCAAGUGAAAACCUUAAAUAGGCAUAUUUGGAUACAUACAGGAGAGAAACUUCACUCUUGCUCGCUAUGUGGGAUGCUGUUCCGUGAGAAGGGAGACCUGAAUGGACACCAGAAAUUACACUCUGGAGAGAAGCGAUUCAGUUGCUCCUUGUGUGGGAACAGUUUUCUUUCUUCGUCAUAUCUCAUUGAACAUCAGAGAACACACGAAGGAAAGGCUCAAUCUGUGGAACUGGGAUCACAACAUCAGGUGUCUGUAGCUGAAGAGGAGUCCGGUCUCAGUCCAGUACCAGAAGUCAGAGUGAAAGAAGAGCAGGAAGACCCUGCUUUUGCAGAGAGAGUGGACCACUGCUCUAAUAAUGAAGCCAGUCCCCCUACAUCAGGAGAACUUGAACAGCAUCAGGAGAACCACACUGUCGAGAAACCCUACCUCUGCAUGCUAUGCGGAAAGCAAUUUAGUGUGAAGGGAAACUUAAUCAAACACCAGAGAAGACACACUGGAGGAAAGCUGUACCCCUGCGCAGACAGCGGGAAAUGUUUUUCUUUUGUAUCAGUCUUGAAAAGACACUCGCUAUCACACACUGGAAAGAAACCUUACUCCUGCCCUCUGUCUGGGAAGCAUUUUACCACGCAAAACCUGAGCAAUCAUAAGCAAACCAAAACUGGACAAAAGCGUUACUCUUGUUCACUGUGUGGAACGACUUUCUUAAAAUAUAUGGCAUACUGGAGGCAUAAGCGGUUUCACACAAAACUAAACUUCAGAGAUCAUGAACAAUUAUGCACCAGACGAAAGCCUUACUCCUUCUCACUGUGUGGAAUGACUUUCUCAAAAUAUAUGAUAUAUUGGAGACACAAGUGGUUACGCAUAGAAGAGAGCCCUCACUCCUGUUCUGUGUGUGGGAAGCAGUUCUGUGAAAAGGAUGCCUUGAAGAAACAUCAGAAAAAUCAUGCAGGAGAGAAGUCUUACUCCUGCCACAUCUGUGGAAAAAGUUUUAAUUUUGCUAAUGUUUUAAGCCAACAUCUGCUUACACACUCAGAAAAGAAACCCUAUUCCUGCUCUGUUUGUGAGAGGGGUUUUGCCAAAGCAGAAACAUUGAGUAGUCAUUUUCGAACUCACAGUGUAGAGAAACCUCACUCCUGCUCUGUCUGUGGAAAGAGUUUUGCCAGAGCACAAAACCUAAGGAGUCACCUUCGGACACACACAGGAGAGAAACCUCACUCCUGCUCUGUGUGCGGAAAAAGCUUUGCCAGAGUGCAAAACUUGAAGAGUCACCUUCGGACACACACAGGGGAGAAACCUCACUCCUGCUCUUUGUGCGGGGAGAGUUUUGCCAGAGCACAAUCGUUGAGUAGUCACCUCCUAAAACACACAGGAGAGAAACCUCACUCCUGCACUGUGUGCGGGAAGCAAUUUGCUGAGAAGGGAGCCCUGAACAAACACCAGAAAGUUCAUACUGGAGAGAAACCAUUCAGUUGCUCUGUGUGUGGAAAGUGUUUUUCGUCAUCAUCAUAUCGCAACCAACAUCAGAGGAUGCAUACAGGAGUGAGUAAAGCUGCUGGCCAGGAAUCACUACAGCAGGUUUCUUUUGGGGAGUCUGGUCUCAGUCUAGUACUGGAUAUUAAAGUCAAAGGGGAAGAGGAAGGUCCUGCUAUUGCAGAGAGAAAAGACCACUGCUCUGACCAUAUAGAGAGUCCCUCCACAUCAGGAGAAUGUGGACAACGGCAGGACAUUCUCACAGCUAAGAGCACCUUCUGCUGUUCAGUGUGCGGAAGAGAUUGCCAAAAGCUUUCGGCACUGCUAAUACAUAUGAGAAUACACACAGGAGAAAAGCCAUACACCUGCUCUUUGUGUGAGAAGCAGUUUCGUCAAAAAAUACACCUCCGAGAUCACCAAAAAGUGCACACUGGAGAGAAACCUUAUGCCUGCCCCAAGUGUGACAAGCGAUUUGGUUUUGCUUCAGCCUUGAAAAGACAUCAGAAGUUACACACACGAUAAUCUUGCUUACACAAAAGUAUAAGUCUUGCCAAAGUUUGUCACUUCAUGUUUGACUACUGGGAUGAUAUAGCUGUGGAAAAACCACAGAAGAAUGAGAGAGGUCUAUAUGCCAACGAGUAAACAUUUAUUAUCUACAGGAUAUGCAGUGCCCUGGACAAUUAUUGGGACAUUAGGCAAAUACAAACAUAAAAGGCUGUGAAAAUUUUUAAUUGUUGUUUAUUUGUCACCACACAUGUAUACCUCUGUGAAACAGGAUGUCAUGGAUGACCACUUAAGAGUUCCCAAAGACUCAGAUGAAAAUUUAAAUAUACAUUAGAUUUUGUUUGUAAUUUUCCCUACAGGUGCCAAUAACUUUCAUGAUUUUUGGAGUGUAAGAUCAAGCUGAAUAACAACAAUGGCCAUUUUUUUUUCACACCCUUUUUUGUUCGUAUUUUGACAAUAAUUCUGGAGGGAACUGUGUAUACAGGGCCGCUAUCAUCCACCUCAAUUCUGAAUAGAUCACCUUCUGUAUGGAAGUUGUCCUGAGGAUUCUAAUUUAAUUAUUCAGAUUAGGUAAAUCAUUCAGAUUAGGUUAAUCAUUCAGAUUAGGUUAAUCAUUCAGAUUAGGUAAAUCAUUCACACUCUGUCCAGUGCAUCAUAACUCUUCCUAGACAGUAAUGAUGUGAGUAUACUACGUCUACAUAGCAAACUACAUAUUUUUUGGCAUUAGCUUUAGCCAGGUGGCUAACACCGGUCUCCACUCAUAACGACCUUUCAAGAAGCCAUAUAAGAUCUAAUGUUUGCCUGCUGGCAAGGUUGCCGUACUGAAUGCUAUUUACAUUGACCAUUUCACCCAGGUUUUAGAAAAGAUGCAUUGAUGCAUACUAAGUUUAUUUGAAAAAUGAACAACCAGGCGGUGGGCGGUCUCACUGAAAGUCACCCCAUCCCUGCUGUGAUCUUGGUCAGAACAGGUUGAGAUUCAUCUCAACAAGACAGCCUGUAUAAUUGACAUAAAAUCAAUAAAAAAAUGUACAU